UGAGGUAAACCGGUUCACUUUCUCACAACCACCCGCUAGAUGCUUUCAGAGGGUGGGGCAAAGCUUUAUAAAGCUGUAGAGGGUGAUAGUAGAGUCAUAUUGCAUCGCAGUGAGAAAGAGAGACACUAACAAAUGGAAGACUUAACAAUACAGCAUGUCAACCUGGAGAAAUCUGAAAACCUGGAGAGACACAGGACAGAUGGGUUCAGCAGCUCCAAAGCCCUGGUGGUUCGAAGAGGAACCCCAUUCAGAGUCAGUGUGCAGCUGCAGGGCCGACCCUUCAACCCCAAGACUGACUCUCUGAGGAUCAAAGUUAUGCUAGGCCAUCUGUAUGUGAUAAUGCCGGUCACUUUCUCCAAGAAGGUUUCUUCCUCCCAUUGGAAAGCCUCUAUGGACCCAGAGGGCCUGAACCUCCAGAACCCCUCCAUAUUCAUCUCUUCUCCCGCUUCCGCCUCGGUGGGCUGCUACAGAUUUCAGCUGAGUGUGUUCACUCAGGACAGCCAGAAGACUGCCUUUGGCAAAUUCAUCCUGCUCUGUAAUCCCUGGUGUAGUGAGGACACAGUGUACAUUCCCUUUGAGGACCAGAGAGAGGAGUACGUCCAAAACGACUCUGGGUUGCUGUUUAUGGGGACUGCUAUGAACCUUGUGGCAAGACCGUGGUCCUUUGAUCAGUAUGAGCCUUGUGUUUUGGAGACAUGCCUGAAUUUGCUCCAAGUCAGCCCUCAUCACCAAAAGAACAGAAGAAUAGACUACCUGAACCGAAACAACCCUGUCUACAUCAGCCGGGUCGUGUCUGCCAUGAUCAACAGUGAAGAUGACCGUGGAGUGCUGAAAGGAAACUGGUCAGGUGACUUCAAACAAGGAAUUAAUCCCGCCAAGUGGACUGGGAGCGGGGACAUCUUGAGACAGUGGGCUCAGUCCGGCUACAGCCCGGUCAAGUACGGACAGUGCUGGGUGUUUGCAGCUGUCAUGUGCACAGUCAUGAGAGUUUUAGGCAUUCCUUGCCGUGUUGUCACAAACUUCAACUCUGCUCACGACACCAAUGCGAACCUGGUGAUUGAGGAGUACUACAGUGAAACAGGGCAGAAGCUGAACCACAGCAAGGACAGCAUAUGGAACUUCCAUGUCUGGGUGGAGUGCUGGAUGACUCGCCGGGAUCUGGGACUUGGAAUGGAUGGCUGGCAGGUUCUGGACCCGACCCCACAGGAGAGGAGUGGAGGAGUGUUCUGCUGUGGCCCGGCCCCAGUCAAAGCAAUCAAGGAUCGGCGUAUUGACAUGUUUUAUGACAUUCCCUUUGUUUACGCCGAGGUGAACGCCGACGUCCACACAAUUGUAGUAAGCAAGGGAGGGGUGCUCAGCUACAGCAAAGACACAGAGAGAGUGGGGUCCCUCAUCUGCACCAAAGCUGUUGGCUUCUCCAUCCACCAGAACAUCACUGGAGACUACAAAUACAUCAAAAGCCCAACUUCAACACUUACAUCAAGAAGUUCCACAGUGUCAGAAGACUCAACAUUGAAGAGAGCAAGCUCAUCCAAGGGGGUGUUAGUCUUCCUGAACCUGGAUAAAGCUCCUGUUGCUGGGGAGGCUAUCCGCUUCACGGUGAAAGUCAUCAACAAGCACAGUAUUGCCAAGAUGAUCAAGGUGCAUAUGAACGCGCAGGCUAAAGAAUACAACCACAGCCCCUCGGACACCUUCUGGGAAACCCAAGGUGUCAUACAACUGGCACCCAAGGAGGCCAAGGUCAUUCAGCAGCAGAUCCUCCCAGCCCAGUAUGAGGAUGUGGUGGGAGAUGACUUGAUCAACCUUGCUGUUGUCCUGGAGGACACAGCCAGUCAGGAUCGUGUCCUGGCCUCAGAAGAGUUCAAUAUCACCAGCCCACAGCUCAUCAUACAGAUUGCGGAUGAAGACUCCAUUGUGCCUAACAAAGAGCACACUGCCAAAGUGAUCUUCACCAACCCAUUUUCACACCCGGUGAGUGGAGUACUGACUGUAGCUGGAGCCGGACUGAUCCAGGGCAAGAUUCACUUUAGGAUGCUCCAACUGCGUCCAGGAGGAAGAGUGCAGCAGAACAUCACCUUCGUCCCCAGCAUGGUGGGAACAAAGAUGCUGCAGGCCAAUCUGUCACUCACCAACUCCACAAUCCGAGGCUUCAAGAUGGUCUCUGUCAACAGAGCCUAGAUCUGUUUUUUGUGCUUUUUCCCUUCCACUGGACACAAUAUUUACACUACUGAUAUAAAUGUGAAUGUAAAUUAUUAUUAUUAUUUAUUUAUUUUGCUAUUUAUGUGUAUGAGCCAUGAAAAUUACCACUGCUACGUGAAAAUCUGCAAUUUACUUGAAAUUGAAAAGCUGCAACAAAUAACUUUUAAUGCAUUAUUGUGCUUUUUGCUUUGUUUGAAAAAUAAAAUGUAUUGAAAUAUA